CGAGUCUGACGUCUCUUCCCUGAAGGGAAGCAGCUGCAACCUAGCCACCAUCCCCAAUGGCUGACAACAGUAUUCAAAGCUUCAAGGCAGCUGACCUGGUUAUCCAGCUGUCCCCUGCUCUAAAAACCAAACCACAUGUGGCUGACUUUGGGACUGUCUUCACUGACCAUAUGCUGACUGUAGAGUGGAGCGUGACUGAGGGCUGGCAAGCCCCGCUCAUCAGGCCCUUUGCGAACCUUUCUCUUCACCCUGCCUGUUCGUCACUACACUACGGCAUUCAGCUGUUUGAAGGCUUCAAGGUGUACCGUGGUGAUGACAAACGAAUGCGUCUCUUCAGACCAAUGCUCCACAUGAGCCGCAUGGCUAACUCUGCUAAGAGGGCUUGUCUACCUGCUUUUGAUCAGACAGAGUUGCUGGAGUGUAUCAGGAGGCUGGUAGAGAUUGACCAGGACUGGGUUCCUCAUUCAGACUCAGCCAGUCUGUACAUAAGACCAACAUUUAUUAGCACUGAGCCUUCUCUGGGUGUAAAGAGGCCUGGCCGCGCCCUGCUCUAUGUGAUCUUGUGUCAAGCUGGCUCUUACUUCAACUCUGAGGCAGAUGCCAUCUCCCUGUGGGCUGACCCAAAAUACACCCGGGCCUGGAAAGGAGGGACUGGGGACUGCAAGAUGGGAGGGAAUUAUGGAGGCGCUCUGUUUGGCCAGUAUGAAGCAGUGGAUCAUGGGUGUCAGCAGGUGCUCUGGCUAUAUGGAGAGGAUCAUCAAAUUACUGAGGCAGGAACAAUGAAUAUUUUCCUGCACUGGAUCAAUGAGAAUGGAGAGGAGGAGCUUGCAACUCCACCUCUGGAUGGCAUCAUUCUCCCAGGCAUUACUCGGCGGAGCAUCCUAGAACUAACCAGGAAAUGGGGUGAGUUUAAAGUGACAGAGCGCUACCUCACCAUGGGCCAGCUGAGCUCUGCUCUCAAACAGCAGCAGGUCAAAGAGAUGUUUGGCUCUGGUACUGCCUGCAUGAUCUGCCCUAUUGGACACAUUGUCUACCAGGGAGAGAACUUGCACAUCCCCUGCCGAGAUAAACAGCCACUGAAGCUGACUUCACGGCUCACAGUGGAACUCACAGAUAUACAGUACGGACGCACACCUAGCGACUGGACCUUCAUGGUGUAGCAGUGUUGAAGGAGCCUGGACUGACCAGUUGGUGCACAGAUAGACAUGGAGCUUUCCUCUUCCCCACUUCUGAAUCCAGCUCUGAAUUUGACAUAAGAAAAAGAAGGAAGCAUGCCGUGUCUUUCUCCACCAGCUGGUGGUGCUCUCUGUCUACAAAACAUUCACCUUAACGCAGCUCUGCUUCACAGAGGGAGACGCAGAAGAGGGAGAAAAAAAGGGAGAGGGAGUGAGUUUUUGGAGGCCUGCCAAUCAUGAUGAAAAACCACUGCAGAACUAAUCUAUUUCCAUGCCCAUCUUAAUCCACGAACACAACGAUGGCAUCAUUUAAUCACAAAAUCAUCAUCACCAUCACCACAAUCACCAUCGCCCUCCUCUCCCUCACUCCAACCCUCCCCCUCUGCUGCAUUAAUAAAAAUGUAUUUAUUUAUUUAUGUAUUUAUUUUCUUUUUUGUAAAUAAGAGCUCGUGAUUAAGAGCAGAUUAGCAUGCCUUCAGACGGACGGACAG